CUCAGGAGCAACACAUUCUUCUACACCCCUUAACCCUAAUUAUGGCCGAUGGUCGUUGGUCGGAUCUUCCUAUGGACAUAUUAAGAUCUGUGUUGGAACGUUUGAGUUUUGUCUAUUUCAACCGCGCUAAGAUGGUAUGUUCGCAUUGGUAUCUGUGUUCGAAACAAACGUCGCCUCAAAAAAGCGGAUCUCCAAUGCUUAUUAUGUAUCUAGAGGAUGGUGGUUGUGGUCUAUACCACCCGAAGGAAGCUAGGGUUUACAAAACGAAGGGAGACUUACCAAAGAUUAAAUUCUUGGCAAACUCAGGUAACUGGUUCUUGGUUCUGGAUUCUAAAUCCAGUCUCUAUAUUAUAGAUGUACUUAGCCAGAAAAAGAUCCAUCUUCCACCUCUAGAGUCGAUCAAAGGUUGCCAAUAUAAGCUUAAGAGGGUCGGAGAUAAAACAUUCAAGGAGGUAGGAACCCGUGGCUCUGUCGUCAUCCUCCAUAAAGCCAGAAAUCUGAGAGGUCUUUUGUGGGUAGACAAGAAGAAGGAAGAGUUCGUUGUUGUAUGGUACUUCCAUAGGAUCAAGUAUAUGACUGAGUAUUUAGCCUUUUGCAAGAAUGCGGAAGAUCAUUACCAUGAGAUUCCAGCACGCUUACAAGACGUGUCUGAUAUGGUACUACCUUGUACUGGUGACAGUCUUUACGUCUUAACGACUAGUAAUCACAUUCGAAAACUCACAUACAAAGGUUUGAUCAAGGAUAUUUUAGCACCAUUUUGUUUGCCAUCUCCUCCGACUGGAUUAUAUGAUGAUGAUGAGUGUCGCUAUAACAUUGCUGUUAGACCAUCAGGAGAAGUUUUGGUUGUCAUGAGCAUCUUUUACGGGUCUUCAAGGCCUUGGAUGUUUCUUCUUGAUUCUUUUUGGAUGUUUCUUCUUUACAAGAAGAACCCUUAUCGAGUCCCGGAUAAUCGUUUCUACAACAUGCUUGUUAAGGUAGAUUCUUUAGGUGACGAGGCUCUGUUUCUGGAUUUGGGUAUCACCGUGCCUGCUAAUCGUGACCUUGGUAUCGAACCAAACUCUAUCUAUUUCUCUCGCACUCGCCAUGCUGGUUUCUCUUUCCAGAAAAGUUCAUGCCUUGACGUAUGUGUGUUGAACAUCGCAACAAAGACCCUCAAACGUUGUUUCCCGGGUUUCUUAAACAUAAAGCUCAAGGAUGCUCGAUGGUUCCUUCCGUCUUGAUGAUUUGUUUCUUUCUGCAUGCCUUUUGUGGUGUUUCUUAAGAGAUUUCUCUACACUUUUUGGUUAUAUGUGUCUAGUUGCCUUUCCAUUUUCUUUAGAAAAUAGUUUUGGGACCUCAAGGUUCUUUAGUUGGCAAUGUUGACAUGGUGAAUGAAAAGAAACACUUUAAACACACACUACUACUAAACAAUUAAUUGCCUGCCAAAAAAUUAUACUAUUAAUUUGAUUGAAUCUAAAAACAUUCAGUUACUUUCUUCGAUAGACUUUUCCAUGUUCAACAUGACCUACGAAGUAUUCCUCACUCAUCCAAUGUUUUUGCGUAACUAAUCUCUAAAACAACUUGCUAAAAAUUUACUGUUUGUUUUCUAAUGGUAGGAACCGUGGUGACAUGUCCAAAAGGUGUAAAUUAAUAAGAAGAAGAAGAAGAAGAAGUGGUAUAUAUAUAUAAUUCAUUGGAUUGGACUGGAGUAUAAUAAAAUAUAUAGGCGGCAAAUCACAAAGGCAAAAGGAGGACAGAGCAGGGGAUGAAUUCAG